AUGGCUGAUACUCGGCGCGUCGGCCACCAUGUCCACGAAACAAAUGCGCUGAGUUUUGGACACCUCGGCACUGCCACUUAUGAUGUCCGCAGGCAUGAAUGGACGUUCCUGCGCCAGCAUCAGACUCGAAACACCGAGGAUGGACAGAGAACGCAGGCCAGCUGGAACCGCUCAUCUCACUUUCUGUUGGUGGACGAACAGACGUGGAACUCUGCCCCAGACUUUGUACAAGCAAGAGACAAAGUGCAAGACUCUAGACUAGGUCGUGGGCUGCAGAAUUUAUUUCUGAAGCGAGUCCCCGACGCGGCCUUGCUUGCUGUCGAUUUUUCGGCUCAGUCAAACACGGCAUCCUCUCAGUCCGAAAAGCUGAAUCGACCAUCAGAAAGCGUCCUGGCCCUUGGGCAUGCUCGACCUUCUCUUGACUCUGGCUUGCACAACGACGCUCCAUAUAGUCCGAUUGUUGCGUUUCGAACGUGCUCGAAUAACGGCAUUCUUCAGCUCCUUGCCAUAGAGGAGCGUCAGGUUGCCAUCCGCAACGAGGCUGGUCUGCUGAAUUUGUGCACGGUUCCUUUCAUUGGCAACGUGCUGGGACACUGGGCGGAGUCAACAGACGAAAUAGUUCAGAUAUCGUCAGCCAGUCAUGUGAGGGGCACGCAAUUUCUUGUCGUCAAGCCAAGCGGCACGACUAUUUUGCGGCCCACGUUGUCAAAGCACAAAGUGCCUGAGGUGCUUCUAGAUCCAUGUCCAGUCGUCACCAUUCCAUGUUCGAGAACGGGCGGGCAACCUCACGCACACGCCACAUUCAAUCCCCAGGAUCACUGUCUGGUGGUAAUUGUGGACACCGGCGGGCAAUGGGGCGUCUGGAAGGUCACGGGAAGAAAAUCAAGGUCGGCGCGCAUUCUAUACCAAGUAUCUCUGCAAGGCUCGAACUAUAUAAGCAAUUCCGGCCAGCGAUCUCUGCUCUCGGGAGUCUCAACAUACAGGGAUAAAUGGCACCGAGCUUGUUGGUUGACGAACCCGAAAGGAGUUAUGGACAGACUCUUGGUGUGCAAUCGACGCGUUGCUGCGGCUUUUGAUCAGACGGGAUCAUUUUUGGGUCCGGUCGACAUGCGCCUGGGAUCCCAGUCAGAUCGGAACGUGAUUCUUGAUGUCAAAAUCAGCGACCGUCGGAGUGAUCACGUAUUCGUCCUGACCACGUCACGCUUCCUCCUAUUUAGUUCGUCUCAGAGUACGAGAAACCCAAAUGAAGCGCUUGAAUUGGUAUGUUCUUGGAAUCAUUACCGCGAUCGCACCGAUCUGAGGCUCCGUAUGAGUGUCUUUGAAACUUUGCAAGAUUCGUGGGUACUCCUUUAUUCUGCCACCAGCCAUUUCGCCGUCCUGUACCGCUUUGAGCAACAGGAUUCCGCUUCGACAACUAUCGCCAUCCAUGAUCCUUCAGCUUUUCAGUUACCGCAGCAUCUAACAGGACGCAUGAAGAAUGUCACUGAUAUCAUCAUGUGUCCAGUAGCCUUCUCGACUCAAGAUCGGCCUUCGGGACCUGGCGGAUUCGGCCUGGUCAAGCUUGUUGCCUGCUUGGCUACAGGGGAAGUUGUCGAAGCAUUGUACAAGCAUGAACUUCAGCAAUUUGGCCUCUCGGGUCAUCUACCGAACAAGUUUAGGGAGAAGGUGCCACAUUUAUCAUUGCCCCGGACUCUGGAUAGGCUUCUGGAUACCCAUCCAUUAAGUUCUGAAUAUGUCGUUGACGAGGGUUCAGACGAGGAUCUAGACGAUUUUGUUGUAGCGGAUGAUGGAGAAACAAAAAUUUUGACAGGUGAAGCCAGCGCUGCACAUAUCAUUUCACAAGAUUUACAACCUGUUCCUUCCAGUUCUCGGAAUUGGCGGCGUCUUCUGCACUACGAAACUUUGAUGGAAAAGGACAACGGUGGUAUGUCUUUCAGGUCGACCUUGCAACAAGCGAUUGAACAUCUGGAACGUCUCAAAGGCGAGGAUAAGAUAACGCCCAUCCAUCUGAUAUCGGACCUUGCCGACAGGUGUCGCAUCACGGACGUGGAAGAAGAUUCUCAAACCGCGGAUCUAUGGCUUGAUAACAUCGCACUCCAAGCCAGUAUUACCGUCGAACCGGCCGCUUCUGCUGUAGGGGGCUUCCCUAGUGCUUCGCACAGGCAUUUACUUCUUGACCUUUACGAGAGCUUGGUUAAAGUAUAUGUCGAAUCACUAUCCGGUAAAGUCACAGACCGCGGCCGGGUCAAUCGUGAAAGGCUGGUACGCCAGAUAGUGGGAGAUAGCUUUCUGGGGACAUUUGUGUUGAUUUCCGGGAAUCUUCCUCGUCCAUCUGAUUCUCCACCACCAUAUUCGACGCGGACACGGGAUGGCGAGGUUCCAUCUCCAUCACUAGGUCUACAAUCAGAUGAUCAAGGGUUUUCGCAGGCACCAACACCAGAGACUCUUCCAGAUGCAGAAGAACCUGCGGUCACCCGUCUACGGAAAUACGCAACAUUUCAUCGUGAAGUGCCGCCUUUACUGCUCAACCAUCACGCGAACAUCUCCAACAUUCUAGCCCAUCUCCCGGGUUCUAUACAACAGAACCCCGCAGAUUAUUCCUACCAGCAAACAAAUCAAAAGAUCAAGUUUACGCAGGAGGAGAUAGCGGCAGAGUCGUUGAACCCAACAGAGAGGAAGAAGGCCCUCAAAUCUGCCACUCGACUACAGCGGAAAUUGGAAAGAACUCAACUCAUCAGUCAAGAAGUUAUGAUGCAACGAAACUUAUUGCCCGGCAUCAGCAGCAGGCCCAAGGUCUCCGGUUUGCCAGAGCGAGAGGUGCAAAGCAGUCAGGCAGCUGCACCGAGCUCGAGUCAAACGACUGGACUACCAGGAUUGAGCAUGACACAACCGGAGAGAGGUGCUUAUGGAACGAGACAAGCAGAGAAGAAGGGCAAGAAGGGGACGAGGAGACAGGCAGGCUUUUAG